AUGGAAAAGAAAGUGGCCAUGGCAGUAGCUAGUGGUGAUCCAUUCUAUGUAUUUAAAGAGGUUGAACUCGUCGCUCAAGUAUCAGAUGUAAACCAAAAACUCGCGAAAUGGCGCACCUUGCUGGACAUUAACGACUCAAAAGAGAUUGUAGCUCUUACAUAUGAGAUCGAGGAAGCUGUAGCAAUAGCAGUAAAGUCUGUCAGGUUCUUGGACGAAACGAUCGUUAUGGUAAAAGCUAAUCGGGCUAGAUUUGAACAUAUUGAUACGACGGAAAUUACAAGUCGAAAAGCUUUUGUUGCAAGUAUUCGAAAGGAACUGCAAGAUAUUUCUAUCGAGAUUUCCAGUAAUAUUGUUAAAGCCCACAUAUUGCAACAAGAAGACAAAUCGAUAUUGCCAACGGAGUCGGCUGAUUCUCAUAGACCACAUGUGACUGAACGGGAAAGAAAUGAUCGAUUUUUGAAGGAGGAAACGCAGCGACAACAUCAAACUAUCCAGGAGCAAGACACGAGUUUAGCAGAGCUCCAGACUAAUAUCACAAACUUACACAAAGUCACAGUAGAGAUUUCCGAUGAGGUCAAACAGCAGAACAAGAUGUUGGAUGGUUUGACUGAUGAUGUGGAAGAAGCACAAGAGCGAAUGAACUUUGUAAUGAAGCGUUUGAGUAAACUUCUAAAGACAAAAGACAAGUGUCAACUGGGGCUUAUUCUUAUGCUUGUGGCGGUGCUUGUUGUCAUGAUCUUUCUCGUCUUUGUGCCGUCGCCCCAAUCACAAUUUAUCUGUUUGUAG